GCAAGUGCUAUGGCGGGAGCGGCAAAUAGAAGGGCUGCACCGGCUGCAACUCCUCCGGCAAUUGCUCCAGUUGCACUGUCUGCAAUAAGGCAGAUAUGGCCGACAAACCUUGAGAAGGUGAUGGAGAUGUCGGUGGUAAUGGAGGAGGUGGAGAUGCAGGCAGAGGCUCCAAGACCCAUUGACUGGAAUUCUUCCAGUGAGAUGGACUUGGAGUGUCAUGACAUUAGUCAGGGAUACAGGGAUUUCUCCAGUCAAACUGUUGUUGUUCAGUCUCCUAUGUGUUUGAAGGAUGAACACGUGUCUGGUAAGAUAAUUACUGACGAAAGGAAGUUUCAAUGCAUGGAUGUUUAUUUUAUGGAAUACCAAAGGUUUUUCUUCUAA